AUGAAAUCUGGCCUAUUUUAUUCUUUAAUUUUUCAGAUUGUCCACUCUCAACUUCUAGUGGACUUAUAUUAUGGUGCCGAAACAGAUCUCGAAUUAAAGUCAUAUAUACGUGAUAAAAUCAAUCAAAAUUACCAAAAUCAGAUAGAAGUCAGAGAAAGCCUAAUAAGCUCGGUAAUUGACUUGAAUCAUUUUACAGUAAAUCCAAAUAUUAUUGUAGAUUUAACUUUCAGUGCUUCAAUUUUAGCAUAUAUAAAAGAUUUUGUGGCUGAAAACCACAUAAUUCUGAUUUUACUUCAAGACCUUCCUAAUUCUUAUAACGACUGACAAUUUUUUAGCCAUUCCUCUCUGCAGGAUCAUGAAAAUGCUCUUAGUUGUUUAGUUUCCUUCUUUAAUUGAGAAGAAUUUUUAAUAAUCUCCAGCAAUUUGGGCCAGAAUUUUCACGAAAUAUUUUCAGUUAAAAAAUUCAAUAUUUUCCAUUUUUCAGAAACCAGCGAUAAAAAUUUAGUUGAUUUAUUUGUAGGUAAACGAAUUAAGCCAACAGGUAUUAGGAAUUUAAUCAUUCUAAACCAAGGGGAAACUGCUAACAAACUAUUGCAAAGCCUUGAAAAUAAAAAUAUUAUUAAAAGUGGAAGUGGGGUUAUUUUAGGAAGUCGAAGUAGCUGGGACACAAAAGUAGAUGGAGUAAUAACAUAUAUUGAGUCAGGCUUAGAAAAUGCCACUGAUUAUUAUAGCUAUGAAGCUUUAUCAAUUUUAAAAAUAUUGGAUUUGGUGCUUAGCUUUUCAGAUUGUUCUAAUUCUUUAGCUCUUAGAGCAUUUUUAGAAAGCAACACAGUCAAUCACUAUUUGCCUGGAAAUUUCACUGUAAUAAACAUCCAAAAUUCCCAAAAAGUCAACAUUGGUAGCAUUUCACAAGGCUCCUUAACCAUUUCAAGCAAUCCGAUAUUUCCAGGAAAUUCCACCCUAAUUCCCAAUUCCCCAUAUACAAAUAUCUCCCUAUGAAUGGGAGAUGGUCCCACCAAUCCUCUCGGAUUUCCUGAUAGCCCUUUCAUUGUAGUCAAAGACGGUGCAAAAUACGCUUUUAAAACUGCAGAAGACACUCAUUUUUUUGAUGGUUUUAAAAUUGUGCUUACCCAUAUAGACUGCGGUGCAGAAGUAUACGUGCCAGCAUUUUCUCUAGAUUGCUAUAAAAAAUUAGUAAAUGAGCCAGGAUUUGUCUAUAUGCCUCAUCCAUGGCCAAUUGUAACCUUAGGUGAUAUAAUUUCAAUGCGAGAAUUAAACAUCACAAUACCAAUUGUGACAGAACACGUAGCACUUGGAACCCUUUCUAACAAAACAGAAUAUCCUUUAUUUAUGAGAAUCGCUGGCAAUGAUUUUUAUAGAUGCAGCGUUUUAGCAGACUUAAUGAUAAUUUUUGGGUGGAAAAACGUCCUUAUAGUAACAGAAAACACUACAGCAAGCUUAUUAACUUAUUUUUGAUUAAAAAAGCGUAUGGAAGCUGCUAACAUUAACAUUGCCAAUAAGCCUGAAGAGAUGAUGAUUAUGGAAAAUUACAAUCACGAUUUUUUUAAUAAUUAUAAAGAUCUUAUGAUUGGCCUGCUAAAAUACAAAACUCGGCCUAUUAUUUUUACUAUGGCUCCUCCAGCUUCUUUUUAUUUUUUAGAAGACAUGUAUAAUGUAGGAAUCCGUAGGGGAGAUCUGAUCAUUAUGUUCCCUAAUAAAAUUGCUUUUGCAUAUACAACUAUACCUAUUAAGACAAUGCUGGAUAAAAUGACAGAACUUUUAUAUGGCGGAAUUACUAUAAAUGAAGCUGAAUGGCUUGGAGAGUUUGGCCAAAACCAAUUGAAGGGGUUUUUAAAAGUUUAUCCAAAUAUCAAUGCAGAUUUCAGAUGUUUUUCAAUAGAUGCAGGAUGGCUGGUAUUAAAUGCGCUGAAAUUUACAAUUGACCAAGGAGAAGAUAUUUAUGAUCCUUAUAUGUUUAAUACUCACUUAAGACAACAACGGUUUUUAGGCUGCUCUGGAAUAGUUUCUAUUAGUUCUCAGUCGAAUGAUCGAAAUUCAGCUCCAAUUGGGAUUUAUAAUUUCAGAUAUGACAGUGAGCAUGAUAUUUUAUAUGAACAAAUGGUAGGGGCUUAUGAUCAAGGAAGUUUACAACUGUUUACAUUUUAUGAAGACAUGAAUUGGUAUGAUAAUACAACAAAUAUACCAUCAGAUAUCGUAAAAAGUGAAAAUGGCUGCCCGUUUAAGGACAGUCAAAUUGAGUACUCAGUGCAUGGUGCUGGGGUUUUAUAUGGAAUCGCUUUUGGGAUUGCUGUGAGUACGAUGUUUAUAACAUUUUAUAUAUGGAAAAGGUGGUGGAAUGUAGAGAUUCGAGCAAUAACUGAACCAAAGCUAAUUCAAUUUGAAGAUUACAUAGCAAUGCUCAUUAUUUUAUUAGAUUUUUUGCAGUUUUUAUCAGUUGGGCCAGAUAUAAAGAAUUAUGAUAUUUUUACAUAUACACUCACUCAUUUUGCAUCUAUUACUUUUAUGACCCAAGGCAAAUACUUAUGAAUCCACUUAUAUUUUGCUAUUGGUGGCGUCUGCGCGUGGCUUUUAUUUGGGAUAACUCAUAUUUUUCGGAUUGGAGAAAAUUCAAAUAAUAGCUUUCUCAAUUAUUGAAAAAUGCUAUCAAAAAUUUCGUUGCCUAUUCUUGGAAAUGCCUUGUUUUUACCUCUAGUGUCAGUAUUUUUAAAUGCUAUUCAAUGCGACCAACAAAUUGGCUCAAAAUUGACCGACACUUUUGUGAGAAAAGAUUGCAACACUUUUUGCUGAAAAGAUGAGCAUAUUUUAUGGGCAAGCCUUUCUAUGGCUUGCUUAAUUCUUUAUUUACCUCUUGCGAUUUAUUUUAGACCUUUUUGGGAUUACUAUGAAAGCUUUAUCAAUAUUAAAACGAGACCGCUUUUUUUGAUGGUGAAAAGUGUCUUCCAAGUCAGCAUUAUUGUUCUCAAUAAAACAGUAAAACCACAAAGUCAAGCCCUUCAUGGACUCUCCUACAGUGCUUUGCUAUGUGUUUUAAUAUUUAUUUGUAUAAAAAAGAAGCCUUAUAAAGGUUCACAUCAUUUGUCAGAAACUUCUUUCUCAUCAUAAUUGCACAGAAAAUUUCAAAAAAUUGAUUAAUAUAUUACAAAGAAAAAAAAUUAUACCGAAAAAUAUGAGGAAAUACCACGAGGUAACUGCUCUAAUCAAAUGACAUAUAACCCCUUAUAAUGAAAGCCGCAUGAAUCUUUGACAGAUUAUCUCAUAUUUAGCCAUUUUAUGAAGCGUGGUUUUGUCUUCUUUGUAUUGGAUAAUUCCAACAAAAAUAAUGGAAGCUUGAAUAUUAUCAGAAUAUUUAGGCUGGAUUAUUUUAAUAAUAGUCGGGCUUUAUAUUCAGAAACUUUAUUGCCCAACUAUGCUUUUUAAUGAGCCUGGCAUAAAUGUUGUAAAGCUGUUUAGGUUUUCAUUAGGCAAAUCUAUAGAAGCUUCCGAAAUCAACAAAGAUCUUAAGGAGCAAGGGAUUAAGUACAGCUUGCAUUUAAGCAGUUCUAGAAUGUUUCUCGAUGUCAGUAGCUCUGCACAUCAAGCUAUAUAUGGAAAAGAAUUAAAAGUUUUAGAAAACUAUUAA